GUCUAUGAGAGAGAGACAGACAGGCAUCGACAAACAGGUAUCUACAGACAGACAGACAGGCAGGUAUCUACAGACAGACAGAUAUCUACAGACAGACAGGCAGGUAUCUACAGACAGACAGACAGACAGGUAUCUACAGACAGGCAGGCAGGUAUCUACAGACAGACAGACAGACAGACAGGUAUCUACAGACAGGCAGGCAGACAGGUAUCUACAGACAGAGAGACAGAAAGGUAUCUACAGACAGACAGGCAGGUAUCUAAAGACAGACCGACAGACAGGUAUCUACAGACAGGCAGGCAGACAGGUAUCUAAAGACAGACAGACAGACAGGUAUCUACAGACAGACAGGCAGACAGGUAUCUACAGAGAGACAGACAGACAGGUAUCUACAGACAGACAGGCAGACAGGUAUCUACAGAGAGACAGACAGACAGGUAUCUACAGACAGACAGGCAGGUAUCUACAGACAGACAGGUAUCUACAGACAGGCAGGCAGGUAGGUAUCUACACACAGGCAGGCAGGUAUCUACAGACAGACAGGCAGACAGGUAUCUACAGACAGACAGGCAGGUAUCUACAGACAGACAGACAGACAGACAGACAGGUAUCUACAGACAGGCAGGCAGGUAGGUAUCUACACACAGGCAGGCAGGUAUCUACAGACAGGCAGGCAGGUAUCCACAGACAGACAGACAGGUAUCUACAGACAGACAGGCAGGUAUAUACAGACAGAGACAGAAAGGUAUCUACAGACAGACAGGCAGGUAUAUACAGACAGAGAGACAGAAAGGUAUCUACAGACAGACAGGCAGGUAUAUACAGACAGGCAGGCAGGUAUAUACAGACAGAGAGACAGAAAGGUGUCUACAGACAGACAGGCAGGUAUAUACAGACAGGCAGGCAGGUAUCUACAGACAGACAAAUAUCUACAAACAAACAGGUAUCUACAGACAGGCAGGCAGGUAUCUACAGACAGACAGAUAUCUACAAACAGACAGGUAUCUACAGACAGGCAGGCAGGUAUCUACAGACAGACAGACAGACAGGUAUCUACAGACAGACAAAUAUCUACAAACAGACAGGUAUCUACAGACAGGCAGGCAGGUAUCUACAGACAGACAGACAGGUAUAUACAGACAGGCAGGCAGGUAUCUACAGACAGACAGACAGACAGACAGACAGGUAUCUACAGACAGACAGGCAGGUAUAUACAGACAGGCAGGCAGGUAUCUACAGACAGACAAAUAUCUACAAACAGACAGGUAUCUACAGACAGACAGGCAGGUAUCUGCAGACAGACAGGCAGACAGGUAUCUACAGACAGACAGGCAGGUAUCUACAGACAGACAGGUAUCUACAGACAGGCAGGCAGGUAUCUACACACAGGCAGGCAGGUAUCUACAGACAGACAGACAGACAGACAGACAGGUAUCUACAGACAGACAGGCAAGUAUCUAUAGACAGACAGGCAAGUAUCUACAGACAGAGAGGCAGGUAUCUACAGACAGGCAGGCAGGUAUCUACAGACAGACAGACAGACAGACAGGUAUCUACAGACAGACAGGCAGGUAUCUACAGACAGACAGACAGACAGGUAUCUACAGACAGACAGACAGACAGGUAUCUACAGACAGAGGCAGGUAUCUACAGACAGACAGACAGACAGACAGGUAUCUACAGACAGACAGGCAGGUAUCUACAGACAGACAGACAGACAGACAGGUAUCUACAGACAGACAGACAGACAGGUAUCUACAGACAGAGGCAGGUAUCUACAGAGAGACAGACAGACAGGUAUCUACAGACAGACAGGCAGGUAUCUACAGACAGACAGACAGGUAUCUACAGACAGACAGACAGGUAUCUACAGACAGACAGACAGACAGACAGGUAUCUACAGACAGGCAGGCAGGUAUCUACACACAGGCAGGCAGGUAUCUACAGACAGACAGACAGACAGACAGACAGGUAUCUACAGACAGACAGGCAAGUAUCUAUAGACAGACAGGCAAGUAUCUACAGACAGAGAGGCAGGUAUCUACAGACAGAGAGGCAGGUAUCUACAGACAGUUAUCUAGACAGGCAGACAGACAGACAGGUGUCUACACACAGACAGGCAAGAAUUUACAGACAGACAGACAGAUAUCUCCAGACAGACAGGCAGGUAUCUACAGAGAGAGAGGCAGGCAUCUCCAAGCAGACAGGUAUAUAGACAGACAGACAGACAGGUGUCAACGUACAGACAGGCAGGUAUUUACAGACAGAC